GUAAGCGAGUGGAGACUUAAGACGAAGCUUCUCAAACGACCAAAGUGCUUGUUUUCAUUAGGUUCACAGGCCAGCUGGCGCCUAUCCCACCUGACAUGAGGCACGAGGCAAGGUACACCUUGGACUGGCCGCCAGUCAAUCGCAGGGCACCUACUGGCAUAAGCAAGCAAGCAAACAAACAAACAAAAACAUUCACAUGGCACAGAGAGAACUGGCAAACUCCACAUAGGAAGGACGGAACUGAGAUUAAAACUCCAAUGCUCACUGUGAGGCAGAUGUGCUAACCACAAUACCACAAAAUGUUUCCCAUAUUUGCAAAGAACCAAGCAUUUUUUCCAACCUGUAUUCAGGUGCCCAAGGUGCACACCAGGAGGAGCAGCACAAUGUCCAUUGAAAUGAAGCAUACAAAAUACAGGGGGGGAAAAAAUCAUUCAUUUCUUACAUUCUAUUUAAUUAUGUCAUUACUAUAUGUUUUUUAUAAAGUACAAUAUUAUAGCAUCAGUGCUAUUUACUAAUUUUAAAAAAAACACAUUACAAGCAUUUUGUUUUUUGGAGGGGGAGGCUGGAACGGAUUAAGAACAUUUGCAUUUAUUAAAAUGGGGAAAGAUGAUUUUUGAUACAAGUGUUAUGAAAUACGAGUGUGGUAAUGGAACAAGUCAUAUCUUUAUCUAAUUCUGUUUCACAAAGCCAACAAGCAUGUUUGCUGUUAUGUUUCUCUGAGCAUCUGCUCUUUUAGCAGGUCAUCAUCCAUUCAGCAAUGAGUAACCAAACAGCAGUAGAGUGUCAAGUUCCUUCAGCAGAGUACCAGGUCUACUUGUUCCCAGCCGUCUACAUCUUCGCUCUGGUGUUUGGUCUCCCGGGAAACCUGGCUGCGAUCUACGUGUUCACCUUUAGGGUCAACCCGCGCACCGCCUUCAGCGUGUAUAUCAGCAAUCUGGCUCUGGCAGAUGUCGUCAUCCUGUGCACACUUCCCUUCCGGAUCCACUACCACCUCAACAGGAACAAUUGGGUGUUUGGCGACGUCGCCUGUCGGAUCACGGGGGUCCUCUUCUACGCCAACAUCUACAUGAGCAUUUGCUUCAUGACGUGCAUCUGCGUGGACCGCUACAUGGCCACGGUGCAUCCUCAUGCUUACCUGAAGCUGCGAAGACCCCGGUACUCUCUGCUCAUCAGCACCGCUCUCUGGGCUGUCGCAGGAGUAGCUGUCGUAGUCUUCAUCCUCAUGGGCCCUCUGGAGACAAAAGGUAGCAAAUCAGGGAACCACAGCUGCUUUGAGAACUUCGCUGUCCAGGAGUGGAGCUCCCGUCUGUUGCCCUACAGCAUUCUGAGCCUCAUCUUCUGCUCGCUGCUGCCAUCCGCCAUCAUCUUGGUGUGCUACCCUCUGGCCGCCAGACGCAUUUCCAGGAUGCACACAAGGAUGGCCCAGCGAGCCUUGAGGGUCAUCUACACCAUCCUGGCCAUCACGCUGAUUUGCUUCCUGCCCAACCACGUGGUGUACCUGCUGCACCUGCUUCGCCGCUUGGAGGUCAUCCAGAGAUGCCCCCUGGCCAAUGCCAUCUACAACGCCAGGAGGGUCACCAUGGCCCUCGUCAUCCUCAACACAUGCCUGGACCCUCUGCUCUAUUACGUCACCACCAGCCACUGCACAUGUAAGUCCCUGAAAAGGACUUGGUUUAGAGUCCGGAGGCGUCAAGGUGUUUACACCAUCACAGUGCGCUAAGAUGGUACGAGCUUUGCAAUACUGGACAUUGGACCAGAGCUCUUAGUUGACCCUGAAACUUAAUGCUAGAAUUGUUGGCUUCCAACUUUGUGAUAACAGCAAAUCAAGGUCCAUAAAGGCAUGUUUAGAUGAGCCUAUCAAGCAAUUUUGUCAUGAACUAGUUCAGGGGUCAUCAACCUUUGUGAAACUGAGAGCUACUGCUUGGGUACUGAUUAAUGCGAAGGGCUACCAGCCUGAAACACAUUUCAGAAAUAUUUUUUCUCAACUUACCUUAAAUUAUAUGAUAGUAAUACUUAAUUUGAUUCAUCAAUGUGAAGAUUGAUCAGUUUAAUGAUUUCUCACAAUAAUUAUCAACAAUGAUUUUAACAUUGUUUUAACACAACUGGCACAUUUUAUAAGGUAGGAAACCUUCAACGUGCAACCCUUUAUUUCUAUGAAUAUCUGCAGGCGUUUACAUUUUCAAAUAAUUACUUCUAGAAUAUUCUUAGAAAAUCACAAUAUCCCAUUUACGAGGAGCUAUCUUUCGAACAGGCCCAUGGGCCACUUAUGUGGUCCUUGGGGAUUACCUGGUGCCCGUGGGCCCCAUGUUAAUGAACCCUGAAUGAGAAACAGCAGUCACUAACCUUUUUUGUGCCACAGACUGAUUUCAUAUUAAUACCUAUUUUGACAGAUCGCCAUAGAAACAAAUAAAAACCAUAUGAUUAAAUGUACAUUACAACUUGGAUUGCAAUACAUACAGUGCUGUGAAAAAGUAUUUCUCCCCCUUCUCAAAUUCUUAUUUUUCUGCAUAUAGUUUCUCCACUUUGUUAAAAAUCAUCAAACUAAUGUAAAAAUCAGAAAAAAGAUAUCCCAAGUGAACUUAAAAUGCUGUUUAUUGAAAUUGCAAUUUUAUUUAUUAAGGGAAAAAAAUAUUCAACGCUACCUUGGCCCUGUGUGAAAAAGGUAUUGCUCCCUAAACCUAUUAACUGGUUGGGCCACCCUCAGCAGAAACAACUGAAUUCAAACAUUUUCUUUAACAGAGUCUUUCACAUCUCUGUGGAGAUAUUGAUGACCUUAAUGGAAGGCCAUUAAGGUCAUGCCACAGCAUUUCAAUCCACUCCAGACUUUGACUAAGCCACUCAUAAACCUUCAUUUUUAAUUAAUCAUUUUUAAAAAUUUAUUUCACGUACAAUAUUUAUUUCAUAUUCUCAUUAGUUCCUUCAAGUUGCAAUCAUGUGCACAGUUGCGGUAAAAGACUGCAUAGGAGGACGCAUGAAAUAGUUCUGACUCCCCUUAAGAUUUAGUGAAGAUAUUAAAAGCUACCAAAAGCUCCAAAGAACCACGUGAUCAUUUUGUUUUUUAAGCCACUCAGAAGUUGACUUGCUAUUGUGUUUUUGAUUGUUGUCCUGCUGCAGAACUCAAGUGUGCUUCAAUUUGAGGUCACAAACUGAAGGCUGACCAUUGUCCUUCUGGAUUUUCUGGUGGAGAACAAAAUUCAUGGUUCCAUCAAUCACAGCAAGUCAAGAGCAGAGAGUCAAAGCAGCCCCAGACCAUCACACUACCACCACCAUGCUUAACUGUUGGUGUGAAGUUUUUUUUCUGAAAUGCUGUUAUAUUUACACCAAUGUAACGAAAAACACACCUUCCAAAAAGUUCAACUUUCGUAGAGAGCCCACAGGAUAUUCUCCCAAUAACCUUGGGAAUCAUUCAGAAGUUUUUUGUUGUUUUUGCAAAAGAAAAAUUUGUCUUUGUGUUCCUUUUGGUCACCAGGAGCCUUGGAACUCUGCCAUGGAUGCCAUUUUUGUCCAGUCUCUUCCUUAUUGUUGAGUCAUGAGCACUGACCUUAACUGAGGCAAGGGAGGCCUGCAGUUCUUUAGAUGUUGUCCGGGGUUCAUUUGUGACCUCCUGGAUGAGUCAUCGCUGUGCUCUUGGGGUAAUUUUUGUAGGCUGGGCACUCCUAGGAACUUUUACCACUGUUCCAUGUUUUCUCAUUUUGUGAAUAAUGGCUCUCACCAUGGUUCAAUGAAGCCCUAAACCUUUAGCAAGGACUUUAUAACUAUUUCUGAAAUGGUAGAUGCCAAUUACAGUACUUUAUUUCUCAUUGCUUUCCAAACAAUGGGAUUAGCCACAGUUAAUUCAUGAUUUAACAAGGGGGCCAUUACUUUUUCACACAGGGCCAGGUAGCUUUGAAUAAUUUUUUGCCCAUUCAUUAAUAAAAUUACCCUUUAAAAUUGUUACUUACUUUGUUUACUUAUAUUAUCUUUGUCUGAUAUUUACAUUUGUUUGAUGAUCUUAAUAAUUGAAGUGGGGAAACUAUGCCCCCCCCAAAAAAAAAUAAAAAAUGAAAUGGCUUCAUUGUGAGCUUGUCGCUACAUCACAGUUUGUUUUUUAAUGCAAGUCAACUAUAGGAAUAAACCCUUACAAUAAGUAGGAGUGCUGAUAUUGUUUCUUAAAUAAAGCUUUCAUUUUCUUGAAAGUCGAAGGCUCUUAUUUCCUUUUUAAAGAAGCACUCCAAACACAUUUUGUAUUCAUAAAAUAUUUUUUGUUCAGUCUCUCUGUUCGGUUUGCUUCGUGAUCCGUUGGUUGGGGACCCCUCAAUUAGAACAGUUAAAGGAAACUCUCAGUUCCAACAUUAGUACCAUCUCACGUCACAAUUGGACCAACUUUCACGCACACCAACAUCUUGCUAAAAGAAGAGUUCAAGCUGUUCUAGCAACAAGGGAUGGGGGAGGGGGCAGUUCACUUUUCAUUUUUUGCAGGUGUCCCAAUAUGCAUGAAUGUUUAUUCAGGAACUUUACAAAGGAAAAAUGUUUUUCUUUUUUUUUUUUUUUUUUACCUUGUCCAUCAAAAAAUGCCUUCGA